AUGAUAGACCUAGACGAAGACGCUCCCCCGGAGCUCAUCGACAUCUCCGAGCUCCCGGAGUCCGAAAGACCCCAGCCCGACACCGCAUCGACGUCAUCGGAUGUCCCCGCGCAAGACCGCGUGCCGAUCACGCUUGUAACUGGAUAUCUGGGAGCCGGCAAAACGACACUCCUGAAUUACAUCCUGACGGAGAAACAUGGCAAGAAGAUCGCGGUUAUCAUGAAUGAAUUCGGAGAUUCAUCCGAUAUCGAAAAGCCCUUGACCGUCAACCAGGACGGCCAGGAAGUCACCGAGUGGAUGGAGGUCGGAAACGGAUGUAUCUGCUGCUCUGUGAAAGACUCCGGCGUCAUGGCCAUCGAAUCGCUAAUGGAACGCCGCGGCACAUUCGACUACAUCCUGCUGGAGACGACGGGGCUCGCGGACCCAGGGAACCUGGCCCCCAUGUUCUGGGUCGACGAUAACCUCGGCAGCUCGAUCUACCUCGACGGCAUCGUGACGCUCGUCGACGCGAAGAAUAUCCUGCGAUUGUUGGACGCGCCGGCGCCUGAAGAGAAAGUGUCGAGUCAUGAAGAGGGACAGACUGCGCAGCCCGACGGUGGAAAUGACCACGACCACGACCACGACCACGAGCAUACCGGGCCGGUGCUCUCCAUGGCACACAUGCAGAUCUCACAUGCGGACGUGAUUAUCCUGAACAAAGCGGAUCUCGUGACGCAGGAGGAGCUGGACGCCGUGACGGAGCGAAUUCUGGGCAUUAACGCCGUCGCGAAGAUCCAUGUCACGGAUCAUAGCAAGACGCCGCAGAUCGAGGGCGUGGUGCUGGAUCUGCAUGCAUACGACCACCUGGCGAGGUUGGAUUUCGGGGAGAAGGGACAUAGUCAUAUUGAUCCGGCCAUCUCAACAAUCGCCAUCACCACGCCCCCCAUCUCGCCCGCUCAAGUCCCCAAAGUCGACGCCUGGCUCCAGUCAAUCCUCUGGGACUCUACUCUCCCCUCGUCCUCGGUCUCGGGGACUGCAUCGUCAUCGUCCCCUCAUCCAACGGAUUUCGACAUCCACCGUCUAAAAGGCAUCCUCGUCCUAAACGACGAAACGCAUCGGAUCAUCCAAGCCGUGCGCGCGAUCUUCGAGAUCCAGGACGCCGGUCUGAUUGCCGCGAGCGACGACGAGGAGAAUAAGAAGACGCAGUGCAAGAUCGUGUUGAUUGGAUUGAGGCUUGGGAAGGAAGCGCAGGUGUGGCAGAGGAGUUUCGAGGAGUUUUUGGCGAAUUAG